AUGCAUCAUUCUCGUCAACCUAUUGAUGUACCAGUCGUUGUUGAUGAUGACAACGAUGACGAACUAUCGAAUCAUCAUUAUAUUCCAUCAAGUAAUGGCGAUUAUUCAUCAUUAAUAGUUGAUUCGCCACCAGAUACAAUGUGUCAUCGAAAUGUUUACACAGAUCGAUCACCAUCGCCAACACCCUCAAUAACCCGAACAUCUCAAGCAACAACGCCUCAUCGUCCAACUCGUAGACGUUUUUCGUAUAGUACUUCACCAUCCGAUUCAACUGGUUCUGUUAAUAAUGUCCAUCGUGAUCGUUUACGUUUUAAUACAUGGCCACGUCAUCGAAGGGAAAAACGUGAUAUAUUUGCUGAAUAUGAUAAACGUUUGGCUAAAACAGUUAUACAAGAACUUGGCAUUGGUAUAAAUAAAACUUAUCGUAAUCCAUGGGGUAACCUAUCCUAUGCUCAAUUGAUUACACGUGCUAUUGACAGUAGUCCAUGGAAACGUUUAACAUUAAAUGAAGUUUAUGAAUGGAUUAUUAAAUUUGUACCAUAUUUUAAAGAUAAAAUCGACGCUAAAACAAGUUGGGGAUGGAAGAAUUCAAUUCGACAUAAUUUAUCUUUACACAAUCAAUUUAUACGUGUACCUAUUAUAUCAUCAUUAUCAAAAGGUCCAGUUAAAUAUGUUUGGACAAUAAAUCCAUCAUUUAAAAACAAUUCACCGUAUAAAAAAUAUAGUUUAAAACGAAAACGUGCUGCUGCUGCAGCAGCCGCAGCCGCAGCUGUAGCCGUUUCAAAUCUUAACUCUUCAUCAACAUUAUCACACAAUUCUGAACAGAAUUUAGAAUCUAAUUCAUCGUCAACAACAUCUUCAACGAAUAAUUACCAUCGUCAUUCGGCAAUAUCUGUUACAAAACCUACUCGUUUAUUAAAUGAACAUUCACAUAGUAAUGGCUCAUCACCAACAUUAAACCAAUUGUCAGUUGCUGCUGCCAUGAUGUCAGCUGGAGUUACUGAUCCUGCUGCCUAUCGAGCAUUUUUAAAUUCUCAAGCAGCUACAGCAGUUAUGAUAAAUAAACAAAAACAACACCAACAGCAGCAGCAACAACAACAACAAUCUGCAACACAACCAACAACAUCUUUAUCCCAUCGACAUAAUACAACACCGUAUACACAUGAAUCAGGUCUUCCGAUUCCAAAAAAAGUUGCACUCGGAGCAGAUCGUUAUAAACAACAACAACAACAACAACAACAGCAACAGCAGCAGCAGCAGCAACAUGCUGAAUGGCUUUUAUCUUCCUAUAGACAACAAUCACAAUCGUAUAAUACAAAUCAACAUCAAUCAUUAAAUUCAAAUAAAAAUAUAGUUAAUCAACAACGUUCAACGUAUAUGCCAUCAGCACCGCCUCCACCUAUAAAUACCCGCAUUAGUUCCGAUAUGAAUAAUUUACCUCCAGCAUUACAAAGACGUGGUAGUUCACCACCCACAUAUUCUUCAGCUGUUGCAGCUCAAAAUAAACUAUUAGCACAAACGAAAUUUUGGCAUGCUGCUGUUCAAGCUGCUGCUCAAGCUCAUCAACAACAACAAUAUCAUCAUCAACAGCAACAACAACAACAACAACAACAACAACAACAACAAACGUCCAAUAACUCUAUCAAUGAACUUCAAAAUUAUAUUAAUCGUGCUAAUACAAAUAAUGUAAAUCAUAAUAAAAUGUCUUCAUAUUUAAACACUGAGGCAUUGAAAAAUGUAUCUACAAAUAAUUCUCUUGAUGAACAACUUCAGUAUAGAAAUGAUCCGCGUUAUAAAUUAAUGCAUUCGUCAUAUUCAAAUGCGAUGAAUGGUUCUAUACCAUCAGCAAAUAUAGUAAGACAAAGAAAUCCUCAAAAUAAUGGUUCAGCAGCGCUCAACCCACAACAACAGCAACAAGCUGAUAUGCUUGCUGCAGUUUAUCAUAACUAUCGACGACGUUCCAGUGGAUUUUCAUCAACAACAAGCCAUGGUGGGCCAAGUGAUGAUGAAAGCGAUGAAUAUAUCCCGCCAAGAAAAGAUUCCUCGACAUCAAAUGCAUCAAGUGGUUAUGAAUCAGGUUUAGCGACAAGUCGUCAAUCACCACCCACAUCAUCAUCGACUCGUACAGGCUCAGGAUCAUCAAUAACAUCCGAAGCAUCAUCAUCGUCAUGUUAUUAUAAUUCUAAAAAUGGUAAAAGUCAUUUGAAACAACGCUUAACAAAAAUCAAUUCGAACGGCAAUGAUAUGGACGUCGACGAUAAUCAACAAUUAGCAUUGAAUUCAGUUGGCGGUUAUGUCGAUGAUCUUAUGGAACGUAUACGUAAAAUGCCACCAAAAAAACGUUCAAAAUUCUAUCAAAUGCUUGAUGAAGAACGUCUAAAAGAUCUUAAUAAUAAUAAUCAAGAUGACCGUGGAAAAAGUAAAGCAAUCAAUCGUGAUGAUGAACACGGCUCAAUAAUGAGUAGAGCAAUGCCAUUGGCAGCUGCUGAAAUGAAUAGUGAUGAAGAAGAAGAUCGAACAUUAAUCGAAAUAUCAUCGAAUUCGUCGAUUAUCAAUGACGAGGACGAACAAAAAUUAAAACAACAAUUUUUAGGAUUAAAUGAAAAAAACUAUGAAGAACUUCUUUCAAUGGGUGUUCCAUUAAAAGUUUUAAAAGCGAUUGCACUUCACAAUCAACAACAAGUGCAAUCGCAUAAUAAUAAUAAUAAUAAUAAUGCUCAAUUAUCAAGUUUUUUAACAAGUAAAUGUACGGUUUCAUCAACUAAUGCUUCAAUAGAUAAUAAGCGUUUGUUAAAUGCGCGUACAAUACUUCGAAGAAUUUUACAACAACAAGAACAGCAUGAACAACAACAACAACAACAACAACAUUCAACUAAUGAUAAAUCAUUACCGGAACCAAUGGAUUAUUCAACAGAUGAAGAAACUGGUAUCAUUGAAGAUGAGGAUGACGAUGAUGAUGAUGAUGACGAACAUCAAUCAUCGUCCAACACACCUCAUCAUAGAAAUAGCGUUCGAUCGAAUAGUCAUAAUCCUGUACCUGUUUUACUCAAUUCAAAUGAUAUUUCAUCGUUAUCACCAUUAACAUCUAUAUCAUCAUCACCGGAUCAAAAUGAUGUUCAUCAUCAAUCAAGUACCAAUUCUUUAAGCCGACCAUCAAGUACACCUGCUGCUCUUGUUUCAUCUGCAUGUUCAAUCUAG